AUGAUACCUCCUUCCAUUUCACACUUAACUGGUUUUGCUCAGCUUGAAAAUCUCACCCUGCGCAUGUUUCAUGGACAAUCAUAUGAAACUGCACUCAGGGAGGAGCGUAGAGAAGGAAGCACUUGGCCGCAGGCUGGUGAGAGGAAGGAGGAGGAGAUGCUCCUGGGAAAACUGGUGAGAGGAAGGAGGAUGCUCCGGUGA